GCAACGCUUAUUACAAAAGGCAGAACCAAAUAAAAUAAAACCUUUGUAAAUAUUAUAAUUUUCGCUAGUGAAUUCUUAACCGGUAAUUGCUUUAUAAUAUUUAAAUAUGGAUGUUGGCGAGCUACUUUCAUUCAAGCCGGAACAAACCCCAAAGCGGCCUCAUGAAGACGAUGAUGAUUUCUUAGCAAAUUCUACGGAAGAAAGAUCUUCCAGGGAGUUGAAAAGGGAUGAAAAAUCAAAACGGAUGCGUCGCAUAGAGCAGGCAAAGGAAUCUGCAGACUUUGUAAAACCUGAUAUACCGUCUUUAGAUGCAUUUUUUGGACCUGAACUUACAGAAGAAGAGCGAAUGAAUAUUUUAAAUUAUGUGGAAAAUGAAGAUGCGGAUGGUGAUGUGCUUGAUGAAGUGGGGUUAAAAAAGUUAUUGCUCGUUUUUGAAAAACGCAAUUUAAAAAAUCAGGAAAUGAGAAUCAAAUAUCCGGAUAACCCGGAAAAAUUUAUGGAAUCCGAAGUUGAUCUGCACUCAGUUAUACAAGAGCUAAAAGGUGUUGCAACAGUGCCGGACCUUUAUCCUGUGUUGGUAGAGCUGCAUGGUAUUCCUAGUAUAUUAGAGUUACUUGCACAUCCUAAUACAGACAUCGCGGUGGCAAUUGUGGACCUUUUGCAAGAAAUCACCGACGUAGAUAUAUUGGGUGAAAGUAGUGAUGGGGCCGAUGUAUUAAUUGAAGCUCUACGUAAACAACAGGUUUGUGCGCUUUUGGUACAAAACUUGGAGCGCCUGAACGAAGAAAUAAAAGAGGAAGCUGAUGGAGUACACAACUCCUUGGCAAUUGUGGAAAACCUAACCGAAAUGCACAGCGACAUUGUUCAUGAAGCGGCAACUCAGGGCUUACUCGCUUGGCUCCUAAAGCGGCUGAAACAAAAAUCGCCCUUUGAUCCAAAUAAGCUCUACUGCAGUGAGAUACUAUCCAUACUAAUACAGACCAAUAACGAUAACCGUUUAAUGCUUGGCACAAUAGAAGGUAUCGAUGUUUUAUUGCAACAGCUAGCCAUCUAUAAACGACAUGAUCCAUCAUCUACAGAGGAGCAAGAAUACAUGGAAAACCUUUUUAAUUGCCUUUGUUCCGCCUUAAUGGCAAAGGAUAAUAGAGAACGUUUCCUAAAAGGUGAAGGCUUACAACUUAUGAAUCUAAUGUUGCGUGAGAAAAAAAUGUCACGAAACGGUUCACUAAAAGUGCUCGACCAUGCCAUGUCUGGUCCAGAUGGUCGUGAAAAUUGUAAUAAAUUUGUCGAUAUCCUUGGCCUGCGUACAAUUUUCCCGUUGUUUAUGAAAACACCAAAACGCAACAAGCAGAGGCUUUUGUCAGCAGAUGAACACGAGGAACAUGUUUGCUCCAUAAUAGCAUCGAUGCUUAGAAAUUGCAGAGGAGCACAACGGCAAAGAUUGCUAUCAAAAUUCACUGAGAACGAUCACGAAAAGGUAGAUCGUUUGCUGGAGCUGCACUUAAAAUAUUUGGAGAAGGUAGAAGCUGUUGACAGGGAAAUUGAUCAACAAGAGAAGAAUCCUGAAAUCGAAGAUGAUGAGGAUACGGAAAAUAAUUACAUCAAGCGUCUGACAGGCGGUCUUUUUACUCUUCAGCGUAUCGACUAUAUAAUUUUGGAAGUAUCAGCUACAGCGGAUACGGUAAAACAACGCGUUGUGCAGAUUUUAAAUUUGCGUGGAGCUUCAAUGAAAACUAUAAGGAAUGUGAUGCGAGAAUACGCUGGAAAUUUGGGUGAUGAUGGCGAUGCCGAUUGGAAGGAACAGGAGCAGUCCCAUAUUGUUUCAUUGAUUGAUAGAUUUUAAAUUUUGUAAAAAUGUUAAUAAAUUUAAACUACAUCAUCA